UACUGUGACGCGCUAGAGUCAGCGGAAGUGACGCAGUUUGUGUGGAUGUGGGUCUGUCAUGGAUGAAGUCUGUUCACCUGCGCGUCGUCGCGGUGGUCCGACGGGGCUCUCCGCCGUGCAGUCCGACUCCAUCGAGGGUCUGACAGAGCUGGAGGAUCUGGAGAGAGUGUAUGCGCAGCUAUGUGCCGAAGAGGCGGAAGUGCAGAAGGAGUUGGGCGGUCUCAUGGGACAGCAGAGCAACAUAGAAACAAAGAUGCUCGCCUUGCAGAGGAUGGGACCCAACUUGCAGCUGAUCGAGGGAGAUGCUGUGCAGCUGUCUGGCAUGAUCAGCUUCACCUGCAGCCUGGCAGAGAACGUCAGCAGCAAAGUCAGACAGCUGGACCUCACCAAGAAAAGGCUGUACCAAGCAAUUCAGAGGGCAGAUGAUAUUCUAGAUCUGAAGUUCUGCACAGAUGGUGUUCAGACAGCCUUGCGUAACCAGGACUAUGAGCAGGCUGCCGCCCACAUUCAUCGCUAUCUUUCCCUUGACCAGUCUGUGAUUGAGCUCAGCAAACAGGGUGGAGAGGGCAGUGCAGUUGAAGCCAGCCUUGCAUUGCUUCAGGAAGCAGAGCGCAAUCUAAAGGCACUUGUCACAACGCGACUGGAGGAGGCAGUUUCCACAGGCGACUUGCCUCAAGUGGAGCGCUUUUUCAAGAUCCUUCCUUUACUGGGACUGCAUGAGCAGGGACUUGCACGCUUUGCUCAAUACCUUUGCAGUCAGUUGGCCAGUAAGGCAGAGGAGAACUUACUCCUGGCUGUUGGCUCUGAUCUCGGCGAACGCAGAGCACCGGUCAUUUUUGCUGACACACUCACACUGCUUCUUGAAGGUAUUGCACGCAUUGUUGAAACCCAUCAGCCCAUAGUGGAAACAUACUACGGACCAGGCCGACUGCACACACUCCUUGCACACCUUCAAAAAGAGUGUGAUAAACAGGCUCAGAAAAUAGUGGACAAAUUCAUCCAACAAAGAGAUUACAACAAUAAGUUUCAGGUUAUCCAGAGCAGCAUGAUGAGGGGCAUGACUACAGAAAAGAUUGAACCCAGAGACCUGGAUCCCGUGUUAUGUGAGGUUACCUUAAUGAACUCGAGAGCCGAGCUGUACUUUCGAUUCUUGAGGCGCCGUAUAGUGGCUGACUUUGAGGUUGCAGAUGCAAUGGCAGAUGAAACGGUUAUACAAGAGCAUCAGCAGAGUUUAGAACAGUUACUGAAGAACUGCCAGCUGAGCCGCACUAUGCAGGAGCUGAUUGGCUAUUACAUUCCCAUGGAGGAGUAUUACAUGAGAGAGUCCGUCAACAAGGCAGUUGCCAUGGACACAGCUGAGGUGGGUCAGCUGAGCUCCAGCAUGGUGGAUGAUGUGUUCUACAUAGUGAAGAAAUGCAUCAGCCGAGCCCUCACCAGCAGCAGCUCUGACUGCGUGUGUGCUAUGAUCAAUCAUGCGACCAGUGUUCUGGAGACAGACUUCAGAGAGGUGUUAGUAUGUAAGCUGCGAGCUGGAUAUCCAGUCAGUGCUCUGCAGGACCUGCAGCGUGGGGUUAGCAGCGCCGUCAGUCUGAUGCAGAGCAGCCUACAGCAUGGCAAGAUAACAAAUCUCACACAAACACUUGGGAUUGAGAGCCAGGAGCAGGCAAAGAGCGCCUACUUGGUGGCUCUCAAUAAUGUGGAGGUCUGCAGUGAAAAUAUCAGCACCCUGAAAAAGAAUUUAGAGAGUGAUUGUGUCAAGUUGUUCAGUCAGGGGGCAGGCUCAGAUCAUGCAAAGGCUAAGAUUGACAGCUGUCUAUCUGAUUUGGUCAACACCUCCAGCAAAUUCAAGGACCUCCUCCAGGAGGGUCUACAGGAGCUUAAUAACACCUCUAUCAGGCCACAAGUAAAACCCUGGAUCAGCAGUUUCCUGUCUGUCUCACACAAUAUUGAAGAGGAAGAGUUCAGUGAGUAUGAAGCCAAUGAUCCUUGGGUUCAGCAACUCAUUGUCCAGUUGGAGCAGCUCAUGGCUGAGUUUAAGGUGGGCCUGUCACCAGUCAUCUAUGAUACUCUGACUAGCCUAAUGACCAGCCUCAUAGCCAUGGAGAUGGAGAAGACUGUGUUCAAAUGCACCUUCAGCAGGCUUGGUGGAUUACAGUUUGAUAAGGAGCUGCGUGCUUUGGUUGCCUACCUCUCCUCAGUCACCUCCUGGACCAUCCGGGAUAAGUUUGCCCGACUCACACAGAUGGCAACUAUUCUCAACUUAGAGAGAGUGUCUGAGAUCCUGGAUUAUUGGGGACCCAACUCUGGGCCUUUGACUUGGCGUCUGACCCCUGCAGAGGUUCGGCAAGUCUUGGCUCUAAGGGUAGAUUUCCGCAGCGAGGACAUUAAAAGAUUACGACUCUAACAGAAGUAAACAAAAAAUACUUUCCACUUGAGGCUUUUAUGCAUAGAAAUGGUGUUUUGGGUUACUUGAAUGGAGGUGCAUUAUCUCUGAACAUUUGUAUAUUCCUUUUUUUUUUUUUUUUUUACAUAUGUAAUAAAUGUAU